CUCGCGCGCUCACCAGGGACUUCCGGAAAAGGCGCGGAGUGACGUCAGGAGGAGGGCAGGCAAACACAGCCCCUUGGAUGCCACCUCCACCUGGGUGGAAGGUCGUCUGAACCGCCACCACCACACACAGCCCAGCGCAUCUUUGCAGGGAAGCCGUGUACUCUGCCAGGCUGCCCAGGCACUGGGCAGUGAGUCAGCAAAGCACAAUCAGUGUCUCAUCAUCUUUUCAGAUUGGCCGUGUUAAGGGCGAGAACCAGUAGGCAGCUCCCAAGAUGGGUGAAAGGAAAGGUGUAAACAAGUACUACCCUCCGGAUUUCAACCCUGAAAAGCAUGGCUCGCUCAACCGCUACCACAACAGCCACCCUCUUCGGGAACGGGCUCGGAAGCUGUCCCAGGGCAUCCUCAUCAUCAGGUUUGAAAUGCCGUAUAACAUCUGGUGCGACGGCUGCAAGAACCACAUUGGCAUGGGUGUUCGUUACAACGCAGAAAAGAAGAAGGUUGGCAAUUACUACACGACCCCGAUCUACAGAUUCCGGAUGAAAUGCCACCUCUGCGUCAAUUACAUCGAAAUGCAGACAGACCCCGCCAACUGCGACUACGUGAUUGUGAGCGGCGCCCAGCGCAAGGAGGAGCGCUGGGACAUGGCGGACAAUGAGCAGGUGCUGACAACAGAGCACGAGAAGAAGCAGAAGCUGGAGACAGAUGCUAUGUUCCGCCUGGAGCACGGCGAGGCCGACCGGAGCACACUCAAGAAGGCCCUCCCCACCCUGAGCCACAUCCAGGAGGCCCAGAGCGCCUGGAAGGACGACUUUGCCCUCAACAGCAUGCUGCGGAAAAGGUUUCGGGAGAAGAAAAAAGCCAUGCAAGAGGAGGAGGAGAGGGACCAGGCGCUGCAGGCCAAGGCGAGCCUGGCCAUCCCGCUGGUGCCGGAGACGGAGGAUGACCGCAGGCUGGCCGCCCUGCUCAAGUUCCACACCCUCGACUCAUAUGAGGACAAGCAGAAACUCAAGCGGACCGAGAUCAUCAGCCGCUCCUGGUUCCCCUCCACCCCAGGACCUGGCGCCACCAGCAGCGGCAGCAGCAGCAGCAACAGUAAAGCCGGCAGCGUCCUGAAGCUGCUGGCCCAGAACCGCAGAUCUGCUCCCACCGGCUCCCCCAUCACUGUGGGACACCUGGGCAUUGUGCGGCGGCGGUCCCGGGAGGUCCCAGAGAGCCCCCAGCACACGGCUGAGACCCCCAAGUCUGGGGAACCCCAGGAGCCAAAGGGGACUGCCCAGGACAGGUCCGCAUCCCCCCGAGACUGCUCUCAGGACACAGCUGAGUCCCCCCAGAACAGUGGACCACUGGGGCAGGAGGGGAGCUGUCAGGACAGGCCCCAGUCCUUGCUUGGCUCCUCCCAGAAGGGAGCCAGCCUCCAGGACACACCACAGCUCUGUAGCCUCAGCUCCUCCCUUGUGGCUGACUACUCAGGUUCAGAGAGUGAGUGAUUCCCGGAACUGGACCCAUUUCGGAGGCCAAGACGCCCAGGAGGCAGCUCACAGACUGCAGCCCUGCUCUCCCACCAGCCCUUGGAGAGCUCAGUCACUGCCCCCUCCCCAGACCUCACCUUCUCACAGUGAUGAAGUUGUUAUUUAUUUGGUCCUGGAGAGGGUGUUUGUGCCUUGUAGGACCCCCAGCCUCCCGACAUUAAAGCCCUGCUUCUUUA